CUUUGUGACGUAUGUGCCUUCUACUUUCUGUUCAUACUUUUGUCUAGUUGAGCUGGUUCAGUUCAGUACAGUCAGUCCCACUAUCAGGGACAUCAGUAAACAAAAUGGCUACUUUCGUACGUUUGUUAUUUUACAACUAUGCGUUGUAAUUUAUAAGCGUUUGCGAAGUUAUAUCAACAACACACCGUUAUGAGUUGUGAAUCGAAGCUCGUUAAGCUUCCACCCUCUACUAGCCUGGUUGCUUGUCAGACUUCCAAGCCCGUAAGGCAACAGAAAAUCCUAGAUGAAGAUACGUACACUGAGGAGGUUGCGGAGAUAAUUGAACGGGACUUUUUUCCUGACGUUCCUAAGUUAAAAGCUCAGAAUGAGUACCUGGACGCCUUGGAAGCUAACGACAUCAUAAAGUUGAGAAAUCUACAACAGAAAUAUGGCGGAUCCUCUAGUGGUCAACGAUCUCAUCUCUCAACACCAUCAACGUUCGAGACUCCGAUUAAUCACGUCCCAUCCACGCCUGCGAGGACACCAUCAGCAUCGCAAGCGCAAGGCGUAGAAGGAAAUUCGGAGAAAUCAAAGAAGAAACUCUCUUUGGAUGCGUUUCUGGCGAGGCACACAAGCGAAGACAAUGCCUCGUUUUCGUCAAUUCUCCAAGAAGCACAGCAGAGGCACAGAGACAAGUACGGCUGGAUGUACAAAGACGAGGCUCAAGAAAGUGCUCCUUUGGCACGCCUCUUAUCGUCUCAGGAGCCUACCACAGCGAGUUCUGCCCCUGUCACUUGGAACUACACGAAUCGCAACUCACUCAUGUACAUCCCUGAUGGAGUAAAAGAGGAGAAGGGACCAGGCCGGAUAGUUGAGAGUGCAAACACUCGCCUCGAGGCUGCCCCGUUUGAUGAAGGAGCCAAUCAAGAGGCCAUUGCCAAGGCAGCCAGCAUGCAAGCCAAAGCACAGGAGGGUCGAGUGGGGGUAGAUGGCAAGCAGAAGCAACCCUCUCCCGUCCACGGAACAGAAUACGGUUUCGUGGCCACACCGUCACCUGCUCCAGGUGUUGGAGAAUCCCCACUGAUGACAUGGGGAGAGGUGGAAGGCACGCCGUUCCUGUUAGACGGCACCCCCAGGAGGACCCCGGGGGGUCCCCAGUUCAAGAUACCCGAGCCUCCGUCCAGGGAGAGGCUAGCCCUCUCUCUCGCAGAUGACGCUGCCCGUAAGAACCGCGCGAAGAGAAGUGCCGCCUUACGUCACGUGCGCUCCUCACUCUUGAGUCCUUCCCUUUCCCUCAGCAGCCCAGCAUCUCCACUCGGCAGGCUAAACAGCAUGUCUCCCGCUGCACGGAACCUAGCUUCUGCCAAGCUGGGCAUAACCAAGGGCGUAGACCGCGCAUUGAGACAGAGCUACACUCCCAGUCCUAGGAGCACCAGGGAUUCCGAUGACUUGCAGUUCCUCACAGACAAUCUCCUUAAUCUGCCGCAGAAAAGAAAAGCUGCCGCCGACUUCUUUUGAAGUGUUCGAAGUGUAAAUCUGACAGUGAAGCUCCAGUGGUGAAAGGACGUGGAAGACAACCAUUUACUGUACAGAGCUUUCCUUCCUGUUCACUUUUAUGCAACUGAUUCACCGUGUGAUAUAAAGUAUGAAAGUGUGAUAUAAAGUGAAUAUUGUAAAACUGGGCACUAGCUCAUGCAGUGACCCCAGUGAAGUGUGGGUAUGUGCAGCCAGAAAUAAAUAAGGCUUUCUUGUAUAUAUGUAAUGAGACAAGG